UAAUCGUAGAAUAUAUGUCUGAUAACAGCAGCGAAGAAAAUUCAACAAGUAGUCGUGAAAUAAAUAUGCAGCAAAUGUCUAUUAAGCUCUACGUUGAGAUGAUCGAUGCCAAAGACAACUCAUCAACUUACAUAGAGUACUUCCCUUCAUUUGAUUUGGGUAAGAUGAUCCAACCAAAUGGGAUCAAUAUUUUCAAAUUGACACACAAACUCAAAGAAUUAGGAAUUUAAUUGGAAGGCCGCACUAUAGCCUACUAUAGUUACGACUGUGAAAUGUAUAUCAAUUGUGGAAUGGAUCCUGUUCAUUGCUCAUAUGUGAUUCCCUUUGAGGAGAUCAAAUUAAACAAUUAAUUACGGAUCAAAUGCCUUUAAACUGCCAUUUCCCUUAUACAUUUAGUCAUGUCCGAGGAAAUGAACGAGAAGGUCAAUAAAAUGAAGGAACAAGAUGGCAACGAUCAAUAGAAUCUCUAACAGCAGGGCUAGGAGAACUAGAAACAAUGCAGAAGAACAAAGGAAAGAAGGAUUGGAUACAUCAUAGAGAAGGUUUCGAAAUGGAGGGAAUACUACAGUGGCAUCAUGAUUGAUGGAGAGAGUAAACGAUUUACACUAGAAGAAGCUGCAUAAAAGGUCAAUAUUUCAAAAAAGAGUUUGGACGACUAUUUGUUGUAAAUUAGAUACGGCAGAAAAUUUGGAUUCAAUUUCAAUGAGCAUAAGAAUGAGAAGGUUGGAGUCCUAAGAGCCUUUGUUAAAAAGAACAACUGCACCAAAAAGAAGAAGAUCAAGACAGAAUGAUUAUUAUGAAGAUUACAUAUAUAAAUUUAUUAUACAA